GACCAUUGUUCUCUCUCUAUCUCUCUUCAGCAUUCAGAUUUCUUUGCUGCGUAAGAACAAACGAUAGAGACUUUUAGUGCUGGAAUUUGUUAGAGGAAGAAAAAACAAUAAUAAACGACUUGCUUUCAUUCUACACAAAAUAUAAGUACAGGAAAGCACGAACACUUUGCCAUAAGUAAAAAACUUGUUGAGUCCAACACAUUGCCCCUGUUUUUAAAAUCGUGUACACUGUGUAUUGUGCUGGGCGUUGCGAGACGCAGCCAAACCUGAAUAAUUGGUGUAUGGUGUGGUGUGGUCUGGUUGCGUAAAAGCAUUUAUUCAUUCAAGUAUCUUGCUGGAAAGAUGGAAGACCUAACCAAAAAUAUAAUCUUCACAAAUGCGAUCAAUGGGCAACCGGCUACAAUUCAAUACCAGACAGCGGAUGGCACCAUCCUUAAGCAACCGAAAAUCGAGGGCCAGAAAGCUGAACAGCAGCCAACCUUCUACUACACGACAAAUGGCAGCGGAGGCACUGUCAAUCUCGCUCAGCUGGCCACCACGGACGACAACAAAACCUGCUACAUAGCUCAACCAGUUGGUGGAUAUAAUUACGCCCUUGUCAAUGGGAUGCCGCUCAACCAGGGUGCUGCGUUGGGCAUCGCCACUGUUGACGCGCAAGGCCGCAUCCAGAUCGUGAAUCAGAAUAAGCCGCUCGCAACGAACACUAUAUCUAACAUCAGCUUUAAAUGCGACGUCUGUUCGGAUAUGUUCCCUCAUUUGGCCCUGCUAAACGCACAUAAACGGAUGCACACAGACGGUGAGCAGCAGCAACAGCAGCAACACAACACACAGCAGAGCGGAAGCGAAUCUAUAGCUGUGGUCAAUGCCCAGGGUCUGGUACAAGCGCAGAACAUAAUCAAUAACGGACAGAUGGGACAAAUACAAAUAGUAGCCUCAGACACGCUGGAGCCAGUACAGCAAUCUGUGAUGCAUCAACAACAACACGACUCGAAGGCGAGCAAAUGCAUCAAUUGUGGUAACCCCUUGCUACAGCAGUCCAAACGCAAAGGACCAAAGCAGGUGCGAUGCGAGUCUUGCAUGCAGGCGGAGCAGGUGGCGCAACAGCAGCAGCUUUUUGUGGCGCAAGAUGGCCAAAUGGCUCAUCCCGUGCAAAUCAUAUCAACUACCCCACAGGCCCAGGCCCAGCUGCAGCAAAUAGUUGCCGCCCAGACCGGCGGUACUACACCCAAGCGGGAGCCAAGCACUGGGUCUGGCCAUCAUCCAGUGAAAAAGCGAAAUUCUCAGCAGAUGACCAAAUGCCAGAAGUGCAACGGGUCCGGCGUCGUCUUGGUAGGUCAACACUCUCAUGCCGGUCAUACCGGAUCCGGAGGAGGCUCGAUAAGCAAGGGCGUUACCGUUAAAACUGAGUGUUCGUCCUGCAGGAAUCCUUCAAAACCCUUCAGUUGCAAUAUUUGUGGUGGUCUAUUCUCACGCUACUCAAGUCUGUGGUCGCACAAAAAGCUGCACAGCGGCGAAAAGAACUACAAGUGCAGUAUCUGUGGAUUGGCCUUUGCCAAAGCCGUAUAUCUGAAGAAUCAUGCGCGCAUUCACACGGGCGAAAAACCUUAUAAAUGUCAAACAUGUGGCAUGCAGUUCUCUCAGUCGCCGCAUCUGAAGAACCAUGAACGCACGCAUAGCGGUGAACGUCCUUACGUGUGUGGGGUGUGCGAUAAAGGAUUUGCGCGUCACGCCACUUUAUGGAACCAUCGUCGCAUCCAUACCGGUGAAAAGCCCUACAAGUGCGAGAUUUGCGGUUCAGCUUUUUCGCAGGCGGCUCAUUUGAAAAAUCAUGCCAAGGUGCACUCCGGCGAGAAGCCGUACAAAUGCGAAAUCUGCUCAGCGGCAUUUGCAGAUCGGUUCGCUCUGAAGCGCCAUCGAGGUAUACAUCAAAAGUAUGGCCAAACAGCUCCACGGCAAUCUGGCAGCGACGGUAUGAUAGUUCACAAGCAAGAAAUACCCGAUAUGGAUGAUGAAGCCCAGCAGGAGGUGAUCAUUGGAGGAUUAUAGAUAAGAGCAACAACUGUCAAUGCCAAGUCGACAAGCACUAUCUCAGCAGAGACAGCAGGUCAAGAAGGGUCACCAUAUUCGGGCCAUCAGCCUGGAGUGUGCCAACCCACUCAGCAAUACGCCGGGGGCUAUUAUUACCAGCUGCCUACGAUCCCAACCUCAGGACAACUGAGUACUAAAUUUUCUCCAGAGAUCAGCUAUUAAAUCGAUAAACACGGAUUAAUCAUCGCAUAGGUAUACAUUUAUAUAAAUAUAUUUUUUACUCUAGCUCUCGGGUAGGCUCUACGAAAUUAGGGCAAACCCCUAAACGCUUUUAAAGUUAAAGAAAAACAAACGAACCUAAUUUAUUUAGUAGACUGUAACAUACACUUAGACAUAUAUUUAAUUAUUAAACGCUUAUACAUAUA